CCGAGCGCCCGCCGACUGGGCAUGCUCGCCGGGCGGGCUUCCCGCGGGGAGCCGGCCGGCCCCUCCGCCGCGUCUCCACCUGGGCCGAGGCCCGCCCCCCGCGCACCGGCCCCGGGCGGGCACCUGGCGGGCGCUGCGGACACAGCAGGGGGAGGAGACAGCCGCGGGGCGGGCGCAGCGGGACCGUGCUUGGCGUUGCUGAGCCGCCGCCGAACUUUUCCCGCAGAAGUCCCACAGUGGGGGGCAGGAGGCUCGGGGCGGGGAGGGGACAGCGGAGUUCCUGGAAGGAGCGGCCGGCUGCUCGACAACAUGGCCUCCUCCACCUCCUCCUCUCUGGCGGGCGCCGAGAGCACCCCUUCUGCGCAGGGUGACUAUGGAUUCCAUUAUUCACGGAGCUCCAGAAAGUCUGAUGCCAAUGCCAGUUACUUAAGAGCAGCUCGAGCUGGACACCUAGAAAAGGCCCUUGACUACAUAAAAAAUGGGGUUGACAUCAACAUUUGCAAUCAGAAUGGGUUGAACGCGCUCCAUCUUGCUUCCAAAGAAGGCCAUGUAGAAGUUGUUUCUGAACUGCUACAGAGAGAAGCCAAUGUGGAUGCAGCUACAAAGAAAGGAAACACAGCCUUGCAUAUAGCAUCUUUGGCCGGGCAAGCAGAGGUGGUAAAGGUCUUGGUUACAAACGGAGCCAAUGUCAAUGCACAGUCUCAGAAUGGUUUCACGCCAUUGUAUAUGGCAGCCCAGGAAAACCACUUGGAAGUUGUCAAGUUUCUUCUUGACAAUGGUGCGAGCCAGAGCCUAGCCACCGAGGAUGGCUUCACACCGUUGGCGGUAGCUUUGCAACAAGGUCAUGAUCAAGUAGUUUCCCUCCUGCUAGAAAAUGACACUAAAGGAAAAGUGCGUCUUCCAGCUCUUCAUAUUGCCGCCCGAAAAGACGACACGAAGGCCGCGGCCCUGCUGCUGCAGAAUGACAACAACGCAGACGUGGAGUCCAAGAUGGUGGUGAAUAGAACAACAGAGAGUGGCUUCACUCCGCUCCACAUAGCUGCUCACUAUGGAAAUAUCAACGUAGCCACACUGCUGUUAAACCGGGCGGCUGCUGUGGACUUCACUGCGAGGAAUGACAUCACACCUUUACACGUUGCGUCAAAAAGAGGAAAUGCCAAUAUGGUAAAACUAUUGCUUGACCGAGGAGCUAAAAUCGAUGCCAAAACGAGGGACGGUCUGACGCCCCUGCACUGUGGAGCAAGGAGCGGCCAUGAGCAGGUGGUGGAAAUGCUGCUCGACCGAGCGGCCCCCAUUCUUUCAAAAACCAAGAAUGGAUUGUCUCCAUUGCAUAUGGCCACACAAGGGGAUCACUUGAACUGCGUCCAGCUUCUCCUCCAGCAUAACGUGCCCGUGGACGACGUCACCAAUGACUACCUGACUGCCCUCCACGUGGCUGCCCACUGCGGGCAUUACAAAGUCGCCAAGGUCCUCCUGGAUAAGAAAGCGAACCCCAAUGCCAAAGCCCUGAACGGCUUCACUCCUCUUCAUAUUGCCUGCAAGAAGAAUCGAAUUAAAGUCAUGGAACUCCUUCUGAAACACGGUGCAUCCAUCCAAGCCGUAACCGAGUCGGGCCUUACCCCAAUCCAUGUUGCUGCCUUCAUGGGGCAUGUAAAUAUCGUAUCACAACUAAUGCAUCAUGGAGCCUCUCCAAACACCACCAAUGUGAGAGGAGAAACAGCAUUGCACAUGGCAGCUCGAUCUGGUCAAGCCGAAGUUGUGAGGUAUCUGGUGCAAGACGGAGCUCAGGUAGAAGCUAAAGCCAAGGAUGACCAAACCCCACUGCACAUUUCUGCUCGACUGGGGAAGGCAGAUAUUGUACAACAGCUGUUACAGCAAGGAGCAUCUCCAAAUGCAGCCACGACUUCUGGGUACACCCCACUCCACCUCUCGGCCCGGGAGGGACACGAGGAUGUAGCUGCAUUCCUUCUGGAUCAUGGCGCAUCUCUCUCUAUAACAACAAAGAAAGGAUUUACUCCCCUUCAUGUGGCAGCAAAGUAUGGGAAGUUGGAAGUAGCCAAUCUCCUGCUACAGAAAAGUGCCUCUCCAGAUGCUGCUGGGAAGAGCGGGCUAACCCCACUGCAUGUGGCUGCACAUUACGAUAAUCAGAAAGUGGCCCUCCUGCUUUUGGACCAAGGAGCUUCACCUCACGCGGCCGCAAAGAAUGGUUAUACGCCGCUGCACAUCGCUGCCAAAAAGAACCAGAUGGACAUAGCGACGACUCUGCUGGAAUAUGGUGCUGAUGCAAAUGCGGUUACCCGGCAAGGCAUUGCUUCUGUCCAUCUUGCAGCUCAGGAAGGACACGUGGACAUGGUGUCCCUGCUCCUCGGCAGAAAUGCUAACGUGAACCUGAGCAAUAAGAAUGGCCUGACCCCGCUGCACUUGGCUGCUCAAGAAGAUAGAGUGAAUGUGGCCGAAGUCCUCGUAAACCAAGGGGCAAACGUGGAUGCCCAGACAAAGAUGGGAUAUACACCUUUACAUGUGGGCUGCCACUAUGGAAACAUCAAGAUUGUUAAUUUCCUGCUCCAGCAUUCUGCAAAAGUUAAUGCCAAAACAAAGAAUGGGUAUACGCCGUUACAUCAAGCUGCUCAGCAGGGACACACGCAUAUAAUAAAUGUCUUGCUUCAGAACAAUGCUUCCCCCAACGAACUCACUGUGAAUGGGAACACUGCCCUGGCCAUUGCCCGGAGGCUUGGCUACAUCUCAGUGGUCGACACCCUGAAGGUAGUGACUGAGGAAACCAUGACCACGACUACUAUCAUAGAGAAGCACAAAAUGAAUGUUCCGGAAACGAUGAAUGAAGUUCUUGAUAUGUCUGACGAUGAAGUUCGUAAAGCCAACGCCCCUGAAAUGCUCAGUGAUGGUGAAUAUAUCUCAGAUGUUGAAGAAGGUGAUAGAUGCACAUGGUAUAGAAUUCCCAAGGUACAAGAGUUUACAGUGAAAAGUGAAGAUGCCAUGACAGGGGACACGGACAAGUAUCUCGGGCCACAGGACCUGAAGGAGCUGGGCGACGACUCUCUCCCCGCCGAGGGCUACAUGGGCUUUAGUCUUGGGGCCCGUUCUGCCAGUCCCAAGAUCAGCCUCCGCUCCUUCAGUUCGGAUAGGUCGUACACCUUGAACAGAAGCUCCUACGCACGGGACAGCAUGAUGAUUGAAGAGCUCCUCGUACCGUCCAAAGAGCAGCAUCUAACAUUCACAAGAGAAUUUGAUUCAGAUUCUCUAAGACAUUAUAGCUGGGCUGCAGAUACCUUGGACAAUGUCAAUCUUGUCUCAAGUCCUAUUCAUUCUGGCUAUUCUUCUCCACUUCCUCAGUAUGAUUCAAGGUUCCUGGUUAGCUUUAUGGUGGAUGCAAGAGGCGGCUCCAUGAGAGGGAGCCGUCACCACGGGAUGAGAAUCAUCAUCCCUCCGCGCAAGUGCACGGCGCCCACCCGCAUCACCUGCCGCUUGGUAAAGAGACAUAAACUGGCCAACCCACCCCCCAUGGUGGAAGGAGAGGGAUUAGCCAGUAGGCUGGUAGAAAUGGGUCCUGCAGGGGCACAAUUUUUAGGCCCUGUCAUAGUGGAAAUCCCUCACUUUGGGUCUAUGCGAGGAAAAGAGAGAGAACUCAUUGUUCUUCGAAGUGAAAAUGGUGAGACAUGGAAGGAGCAUCAGUUUGACAGUAAAAAUGAAGAUUUAACCGAACUGCUGAAUGGCAUGGACGAAGAACUUGACAGCCCAGAAGAGCUAGGGAAGAAACGGAUCUGCAGGAUUAUCACAAAGGACUUCCCCCAGUAUUUUGCCGUGGUUUCGAGGAUUAAGCAGGAAAGCAACCAGAUUGGUCCCGAAGGCGGAAUACUGAGCAGUACCACUGUGCCCCUUGUCCAGGCUUCUUUCCCAGAGGGGGCUUUAACCAAACGGAUUCGAGUGGGCCUCCAGGCCCAGCCUGUUCCUGAUGAAAUUGUGAAAAAGAUCCUUGGCAACAAAGCAACAUUUAGCCCAAUCGUCACUGUGGAACCAAGAAGAAGGAAAUUCCAUAAACCUAUCACAAUGACCAUUCCGGUGCCCCCGCCCUCGGGUGAAGGCGUAGCCAAUGGGUACAAGGGGGACACCACACCGAACCUGCGUCUGCUCUGUAGCAUCACAGGGGGCACCUCACCGGCUCAGUGGGAAGACAUCACAGGAACAACUCCCCUGACCUUCAUAAAGGAUUGUGUCUCUUUUACAACCAAUGUUUCAGCCAGAUUUUGGCUCGCAGAUUGCCAUCAAGUUUUAGAAACCGUGGGGUUAGCCACACAACUGUACAGAGAAUUAAUAUGUGUUCCAUAUAUGGCCAAGUUCGUUGUUUUUGCCAAAAUGAAUGACCCUGUAGAAUCCUGCCUGCGCUGUUUCUGCAUGACGGAUGACAAAGUGGACAAAACCUUAGAGCAGCAGGAGAAUUUUGAGGAAGUUGCCAGAAGCAAAGAUAUUGAGGUUUUGGAAGGAAAACCUAUUUAUGUUGACUGUUAUGGAAAUCUGGCCCCACUUACCAAAGGAGGACAGCAACUUGUUUUUAACUUUUAUGCUUUCAAAGAAAAUAGACUGCCAUUUUCCAUCAAGGUUAGAGACACCAGCCAAGAGCCCUGUGGUCGUCUAUCUUUUCUGAAAGAACCAAAGACAACAAAAGGACUGCCUCAAACAGCUGUCUGCAACUUAAAUAUCACUCUGCCAGCACAUAAAAAGGAGACAGAGUCAGAUCAAGAUGAUGAGGCCGAGAAAGCAGAUCGACGACAGAGCUUCGCGUCUUUAGCUUUACGUAAGCGCUACAGCUACUUGACUGAGCCCGGAAUGAAAACAGUUGAACGGAGUGCAGGAGCAACAAGAUCCCUCCCCACCACUUACUCAUACAAGCCAUUCUUUUCUACAAGACCAUACCAGUCCUGGACAACAGCUCCGGUUACAGUGCCUGGGCCAGCCAAGUCAGGCUUCACUUCCUUAUCAAGCUCUUCCUCUAACACGCCAUCAGCUUCUCCGUUAAAAUCAAUAUGGUCUGUUUCGACUCCUUCUCCAAUCAAAUCCACAUUAGGCGCAUCAACUACAUCUUCAGUUAAAUCCAUUAGUGAUGUGGCAUCUCCAAUUAGAUCCUUUCGGACAAUGUCUUCACCGAUAAAAACAGUGGUGUCACAAUCUCCAUACAAUAUCCAAGUUUCCUCUGGUAACCUCGUUAGAGCUCCCACAGUCCCAGAGGCCUCGCCUUUAAAAGGGCUGGCAUCCAGUUCUACGUUUUCCUCCCGCACCUCUCCAGUGACUACAGCAGGGUCUCUUCUGGAGAGGUCGUCCAUUACUAUGACACCCCCUGCCUCCCCCAAGUCAAACAUUAAUAUGUAUUCCUCAAGUUUGCCAUUUAAGUCAAUUAUUACAUCAGCAGCACCGCUAAUAUCUUCACCUCUAAAGUCAGUGGUGUCUCCAGCUAAAUCAGCAGUUGAUGUCAUUUCAUCUGCGAAAGUCACGAUGGCCUCUUCUCUCUCAUCACCUGUGAAACAGAUGCCUGGACACGCAGAGGUAGCAUUGGUCAACGGCUCUAUUUCCCCUCUCAAGUAUCCGUCAUCGUCAACGUUAAUUAACGGAUGCAAAGCCACUGCCACGUUACAGGAAAAAAUUUCUACAGCUACAAACUCUGUGAGCUCUGUGGUUAAUGCAGCCACUGACACAGUUGAGAAAGUGUUUUCUACCACAACAGCCAUGCCAUUUUCCCCACUCAGGUCAUACGUUUCUUCGACACCAUCAGCUUUUCAGUCUCUAAGAACUCCUUCCGCAAGUGCACUCUAUACAUCCCUUGGGUCGUCGAUAUCUGCAACUACCUCAUCUGUAACUUCGUCGAUAAUAACAGUGCCAGUAUACUCUGUAGUCAAUGUUUUGCCGGAACCAGCAUUAAAGAAACUUCCAGACUCUAGUUCACUUACAAAAUCAGCAGCAGCCUUGCUGUCCCCCAUUAAAACAUUGACUACGGAGACACGUCCUCAGCCCCAUUUCAAUCGAACUUCAUCUCCAGUUAAGUCGUCUUUGUUCCUUGCACCCUCUGCCCUUAAGCUGUCUACACCAUCCUCUUUAUCUUCCAGUCAGGAGAUAUUAAAAGACGUGGCCGAAAUGAAAGAAGACCUCAUGCGGAUGACUGCGAUCCUACAAACAGACGUGCCUGAGGAGAAGCCAUUCCAACCCGAGCUCCCCAAAGAAGGGAGAAUUGACGAUGAAGAACCUUUCAAAAUCGUUGAGAAAGUAAAGGAAGACUUAGUGAAAGUGAGCGAAAUCCUUAAGAAAGAUGUGUGUGUAGAUAACAAAGGACCGCCCAAAUCGCCAAAGAGUGACAAAGGACUCUCUCCCGAAGACGACUGGAUAGAGUUUAGUUCGGAAGAAAUAAGGGAGGCGAGGCAGCAAGCUGCGGCGAGCCAUUCUCCGUCUCUGCCGGAGAGAGUACACGUGAAAGCAAAAGCGGCCUCCGAGAAGGAUUAUAACUUGACCAAAGUUAUUGAUUACUUAACAAACGAUAUUGGGAGUAGUUCAUUGACAAAUUUAAAGUACAAGUUUGAGGACGCAAAGAAGGAUGGCGAAGAGCGACAGAAAAGGAUCUUGAAGCCAGCGAUCGCUUUGCAGGAACACAAACUCAAAAUGCCGCCAGCCUCCAUGAGGCCCUCCACCUCUGAGAAAGAGUUGUGUAAAAUGGCCGACUCCUUUUUCGGAACAGAUACCAUUUUAGAGUCUCCGGAUGACUUUUCUCAACACGACCAGGACAAAAGCCCCUUGUCUGACAGUGGCUUUGAGACAAGAAGUGAGAAAACGCCUUCAGCCCCACAGAGCGCUGAGAGCACUGGUCCUAAGCCACUCUUUCACGAAGUCCCCAUCCCUCCUGUCAUCACAGAAACAAGAACUGAAGUGGUGCAUGUUAUCAGGAGCUAUGAGCCCUCAGCGGGAGAUGCUCCCCCAGGUCCCCCGGAGGAGCCCGUGUCACCGAAACCGUCGCCUACUUUUACGGAACUGGAACCAAAACCCACCACCUCUAGUAUUAAGGAAAAAGUUAAGGCGUUCCAAAUGAAAGCCAAUGGUGACGAUGACGACCACAGCCGAGUUUUGAGCAAAGGCAUGCGUGUUAAAGAAGAGACCCACAUAACCACGACCACCAGAAUGGUCUAUCAUUCCCCACCAGGCAGCGAAGGGGCCUCCGAAAGAAUCGAGGAAACCAUGUCAGUCCACGACAUCAUGAAGGCCUUUCAGUCCGGGCGGGACCCUUCCAAAGAACUGGCAGGUCUGUUUGAGCAUAAGUCGGCGGUGCCUCCAGAUGUUCACAAGUCUGCGGCUGAAACCCCAGCCCAGCAUGCAGAGAAGGACAACCAAAUGAAACCCAAACUGGAGCGUAUAAUAGAAGUCCACAUCGAAAAAGGUAACCAAGCUGAGCCCACUGAAGUCAUUAUUAGAGAAACCAAAAAGCAUCCAGAGAAGGAAAUGUAUGUAUAUCAGAAAGACUUAUCCCGGGGAGAUAUUAACCUAAAAGAUUUUCUGCCAGAAAAACACGAUGCUUUUCCUUGUCCAGAGGAGCAGGGUCAGCAAGAAGAAGAAGAGCUUACUGCCGAAGAGUCAUUGCCUUCUUAUCUGGAGUCUUCCAGAGUGAACACUCCUGUGUCCCAAGAAGAAGAUAGUCGCCCUAGUUCUGCUCAACUCAUAUCUGAUGACUCUUAUAAAACAUUGAAGCUUUUAAGUCAACACUCCAUAGAAUACCAUGACGAUGAGUUGUCAGAACUAAGAGGGGAGUCUUACAGGUUUGCUGAGAAAAUGCUUCUGUCAGAAAAGCUAGAUGUGUCUCAUUCUGAUACCGAGGAAUCGGUUACAGACCAUGCAGGACCCCCUAGCUCAGAGUUACAGGGGUCUGAUAAGCGGUCCAGAGAAAAAGUAGUCACUGCCCCCAAAAAAGAAAUCCUCUCCAAAAUCUAUAAAGAUGUGUCUGAAAAUGGUGUAGGUAAAGUGUCUAAAGAUGAGCAUUUUGAUAAAGUGACAGUGUUGCACUGUUCUGGCGAUGUUAGUAGUCCAAAACAUGCCAUGUGGAUGCGCUUUACUGAGGACAGAUUAGACAGAGGUAGAGAGAAGUUGAUAUAUGAAGAUAGGGUGGACAGGACUGUGAAGGAAGCUGAAGAAAAACUGACUGAAGUGUCACAGUUUUUUCGUGACAAAACCGAAAAGCUGAACGAUGAACUGCAGUCCCCGGAGAAAAAGCCACGCCCUCGAAAUGGCAAAGAGUACUCUUCUCAGAGCUCUCCGGGGAGCAGCCCCGAGAAAGUCCUGCUGACAGAACUGGUGGCAUCCAGUGACGAGUGGGUUAAGGCAAGGCAGCAUGGCCCUGACGGACCAGGCGUCCCCACAGCCGAUGAGCAGAAAGCAGCCAGUCCGCCCAGCAGCCCGGAGAAGAAGGUUCUGUCCCCACAGCCUGACGACAGCAAGCCCACAGAGGAGACCCAAGAGAGCGUUUCACAGAGCAAGGCACCAGCAGGGCCCCAGUCUGGGUUUCAGCUCAAACAAUCCAAGCUCAGUUCCAUUAGAUUAAAAUUUGAACAAGGCGCACAGGCAAAAAGCAAGGACGUGUCUCAAGAAGAAAGAAAGCCAGAGGGCCAGUCGAGAAUCCCCGUGAAAAAAAUCCAGGAGAGCAAGCUGCCCGUCUACCAAGUGUUUGCUAGAGAAAAGCAGCUGAAGGCUGUAGACCUCUCAGACGAAAGAGUAUCCGCGCAGAACGAUCUGAUGGUACUCAAGGCUAAAGACGAGCCCGCGCAGAGCGGCGAGCUUGUCCUAAAUGAUUCUGGCUCCGAGGAUGUGAAAACACAGAGGACUGAAAUGUCAAGUAAAGCCAUGCCUGACUAUUUUUCUGAGCAACAGGCUAAAGACUUGGCCUGUCAUGUGACCUCAGAUGUAGCAACUAAGGGACCAUGGGACAAAAAGGUCUUUAGAACAUGGGAAAGUUCUGGAGCCACUAACAAUAAGUCUCAGAAAGAAAAACUCUCGCAUGUACUUGUUCACGAUGUAAGAGAGAAUCACGUUGGUCACCCUGACAGUAAGAUUGUUGGUCAGAGGAAUGAGUUUAUGUCUGUGACUGAGAGAGAACACAAGUUGUUAACGAAUGGCUCUCUCUCAGAAAUUAAGGAAAUGACUGUAAAAUCUCCCUCCAAAAAGGUCUUAUAUAGGGAAUAUGUUGUGAAAGAAGGGGGACGGCCGGGUGGGCCUCUGGAACAAGCUCCGAGGAGGAGUGAGAGCUCAGCCGUGUCGCACAUCCCGGUCAGAGCCGCGGAGGGAAGGAAGAUGCUGUCAUCUGAUGUCCCCGAUGGCUUUUGCGAGCAGUCGACAUUCCCCCAACAUGAACUAUCGCAAAAGUUGCCCCGGUCCAGUAUGAGUAAAGAGACGGUUGAGACACAGCACUUUAAUUCUAUAGAAGACGAAAAAAUUACCUAUUCAGAAAUCAGCAAGGUUUCCAAACGUCAGAGUUACGUAGGCUUAUGCCCUCCUCUCGAGGAAACCGAAACCUCUCCCACCAAAUCUCCUGAUUCCUUAGAGUUUAGCCCAGGAAAGGAGUCUCCCUCUAGUGAUGUGUUCGACCACAGUCCCCUUGACGGAUUGGAAAGAGUUUCUCCACUAGCCCAGACAGAGGGAGGGAAAGACAUAAAAACUUUACCGGUGUAUGUCAGUUUUGUACAGGUGGGGAAGCAAUAUGAAAAGGAGAUACAACAAGGAAGUAUAAAAAAGAUCAUAAGUCAGGAGUGUAAGACAGUACAAGAGACCAGGGGGACCUUUUAUACAACUAGGCAGCAAAAGCAGCCUCCUUCUCCCCAAGGUAGUCCAGAAGACGACACUCUAGAGCAAGUUUCCUUUCUAGACAGCUCUGGGAAAAGCCCUUUAACCCCAGAAACGCCCAGUUCAGAGGAAGUAAGUUACGAAUUUACGUCUAAGACACCAGACUCGCUCAUAGCUUACAUACCAGGCAAACCCAGUCCAAUUCCUGAGGUUUCUGAGGAGUCUGAGGAGGAGGAGCAGGCCAAGUCAGCCUCCUUAAAGCAGACUACGGUGGAGGAAGUAACCGUUGACCGCGAAACACCUACCGAUGUCAGCAAAGACUCUAACCAAAGACCCAAAAGCAAUCGAGUUGCCUAUAUUGAAUUUCCCCCUCCGCCACCACUGGAUGCAGACCAGAUGGAGCCGGAUAAGAAACCCCAUUAUCUCCCCGAAAGAGAGGCGGACAUGAUCGAAGUCAGUCUGCGGGAUGAGCAUGACAAGUACCAGCUGGCCGAACCGGUCAUCCGAGUGCAGCCGCCCUCGCCAGUUCCCCCAGGGGCCGACGUCAGUGAUUCGAGCGAUGACGAGUCCCUCUAUCAGCCCGUCCCCGUUAAGAAAUACACCUUCAAAUUAAAGGAAGUGGACGACGAACAAAAGGAAGUGACAAAAUCCAAAGCUCCUGCUGACAAGCCUUCCAGCCAGAAGGAACUGGAAACGAAUGGCUCUGGAAAAGAUCACGAGUUUGGCCUUGGCCUCGAUUCACCUCAGAACGAAACCGCCCAGAAUGGGAACAAUGACCAGUCCGUCACGGAGUGUUCCAUCGCCACCACGGCCGAGUUUUCUCAUGACACCGACGCCACAGAGAUCGACUCUCUGGACGGCUACGACCUGCAAGACGAAGACGAUGGCUUGACGGAGAGUGAUUCGAAACUCCCAAGUCAAACCAUGGAAAUUAAGAAAGAUGUCUGGAACACGGAGGGUAUUCUGAAGCCGGCCGAUCGCUCCUUCAGCCAAAGUAAACUUGAAGUCAUCGAGGAGGAAGGAAGGGUGGGACCCGACGAAGACAAGCCACCUUCUAAAAGUUCCUCAUCUGAAAAGACUCCUGAUAAGACUGAGCAGAAAUCGGGGGCCCAGUUCUUCACCCUAGAAGGCAGACAUCCUGACAGAUCAGUGUUUCCUGAUACUUACUUCAGUUACAAAGUAGACGAAGAAUUUGCCACUCCUUUCAAAACAGUAGCUACCAAAGGUCUAGAUUUUGAUCCUUGGUCUAAUAACCGAGGGGAUGAUGAAGUUUUUGACGGUAAAUCACGGGAAGAUGAAACUAAGCCCUUCGGUCUGGCUGUGGAAGACCGCUCUCCAGCAACAACCCCUGAUACAACGCCUGCCCGAACGCCAACUGACGAAAGUACCCCAACUAGUGAGCCUAACCCCUUCCCAUUUCACGAAGGGAAAAUGUUUGAGAUGACUCGCAGUGGUGCAAUUGACAUGAGCAAGAGGGAUUUUGUUGAAGAGAGGCUCCAAUUUUUCCAGAUUGGUGAGCAUCCUUCUGAAGGGAAGUCAGGGGACCAGGGGGAAGGGGAUAAAAGUAUGGUCACUGCCACACCCCAGCCACAGUCAGGGGACACCACUGUAGAAACCAAUCUAGAGAGAAAUGUAGAGGCACCUCCAGUCGAACCCAAGCCCAGCAGCCCGACCAGCGGAGAGUGUCAGGAAGGCGCAGCCAGUAGCGGCUCCCUGGAGAAAUCGGCAGCAGCCACUGGCGCCUCUAAAGUUGACCCCAAGUUGCGCACGCCUAUAAAAAUGGGAAUUUCUGCAUCCACCAUGACCAUGAAGAAAGAAGGCUCUGGAGAAGUGACAGAUAAGAUAGAAGCUGUGAUGACCAGUUGUCAGGGACUAGAGAAUGAAACUAUCACAAUGAUUCCAAAUACAGCCAAUAGCCACAUGGGCACUAGGCCUCAGGAAAAACACGAUUUCCAGAAAGAUAACUUUAAUAACAACAACAAUUUGGAUUCUUCCACUAUACAGACAGAUAACAUUACAAGUAAUGUAGUUCUGACAGAACAUUCUGCACCCACUUGUACCACAGAGAAAGCUAAUCCAGUGAAAAUCUCAUCAGGAAAAAAGACAGGGGUACUGCAAGGACACUGUGUAAGAGAUAAUAAGCAGAAGGUUCUUGGAGAGCAGCAAAAGACCAAGGAACCGAUAGGGAUUAGGCGAAAAUCCAAACUUCCCAUAAAGGCCACCUCACCAAAAGAUACCUGCCCACCAAGUCAUAUGCCAAACAUGAAAGUGAGUAAAACGAAGCAGGUCAGUCAAUCUGAGAAAACCAAAACCCUUAUUGCUUCUUCAUGUGUAGACGUAAAGUCCAGAAUUCCAGUAAAAGACACACACAGGGAUAACGCAGGUAGGAGAGCAUGUGCCACACAAAAGCAAGGGCAGCCAGAGAAAGGCAAGGCCAAACAGCUCCCAUCCAAGUUGCCAGUAAAGGUAAGACCCACCUGUGUCACCAGCACCACCAGCACCACCACCAGCACCACCAGCACCACCACCAGCACCAGCACCACCACCACCACCACCACCACCACCACCACCACAAUAAAAGUUAGGAAAAGUCAGCUUAAGGAAGUAUGUAAACAUUCCAUUGAAUAUUUUAAGGGAAUUAGUGGUGAGACCUUAAAGCUUGUGGACCGCCUCUCGGAAGAAGACAAAAAGAUGCAGUCCGAGUUGUCCGAUGAGGAAGACAGUACCUCAAGAAACACGUCGUUGUCCGAGACUUCCCGGGGUGGCCCGCCUUCAGUUACAACGAAGUCUGCUAGAGAUAAGAAAACAGAGGCAGCACCUUUAAAAUCAAAGAGUGAAAAGGCCGGCAGUGAGAGAAGGAGCAGUAGGAGGACUGGUCCACAGAGUCCAUGUGAACGGACAGAUAUCAGGAUGGCAAUAGUAGCCGAUCACCUGGGACUUAGUUGGACAGAACUGGCAAGGGAACUGAAUUUUUCAGUGGAUGAAAUCAAUCAAAUACGUGUGGAAAAUCCAAAUUCUUUAAUUUCUCAGAGCUUCAUGUUAUUAAAAAAAUGGGUUACCAGAGACGGAAAAAAUGCUACAACUGAUGCCUUAACUUCGGUCUUGACAAAAAUUAAUCGAAUAGAUAUAGUGACUCUCCUAGAAGGACCAAUAUUUGAUUAUGGAAAUAUUUCAGGCACCAGAAGUUUUGCAGAUGAGAACAAUGUUUUCCAUGACCCUGUUGAUGGUUGGCAGAACGAGACAUCAAGUGGAAACCUAGAGUCCCCUGCUCAGGCUCGAAGAAUAACUGGUGGGUUACUGGAACGGCUGGAUGACAGCCCUGAUCAGUGUCGAGAUUCUAUUACCUCAUAUCUCAAAGGAGAACCUGGAAAAUUUGAAGCAAAUGGGAGCCAUGCAGAAGUCACUCCAGAGGCAAAGACAAAAUCCUACUUUCCAGAAUCCCAAAAUGACAUAGGGAAACAGAGUGUUACGGAAACUCUGAAACCAAAAAUACAUGGAUCUGCUCGUGUGGAGGAACCGGCAUCAUCGCUAACAGCCUAUCAGAAAGCUCUAGAAGAAACCAGCAAGUUUGUAAUAGAAGAACCUAAACCCUGUGUGCCUGUCAGUAUGAAAAAGAUGAGUAGGACUCCUCCGGCAGAUGGCAAGCCAAGACUUAAUGUGCACGAAGAAGAGGGGUCCAGUGGGUCUGAGCAAAAGGUCAAAAGUCCGGGUGCGGCUCUUACACGGAUGACUGCCUGCUGUUACAAGGACUUGAAAGACAGUGAGAGUGAUUCGAGCUCAGAGGAAGAACGGAGAGUCACUACCCGCGUUAUUCGCCGGCGUUUGAUUAUAAAGGGAGAGGAAGCAAAGAGCAUUCCUGGUGAAUCUGUCACAGAAGAACAAUUUACUGAUGAAGAAGGCAACCUCAUCACGAGAAAAAUCACUCGGAAAGUGAUAAGACGAAUUGCUCUCCCACAAGCGAGAAAGCAUGAUGCCAUGCAGGGAGAAGGUUAUAAGGUGAAGACAACAAAGAAGGAAAUCCGGAAUGUGGAAAAGAAGAGCCAUUCAUAACAGUAAACGGAUCAUGUGUUUUUACUGCCAGUAUUGAGAAAUUCAUGGAAGAUAUGUCAGCAGGAAGUAGAAAUUCACGGAGAAGGGUGUGUGUGUUUGCCGCUUCCACACAUUAAUGGCAUGAUUUUUUUUUUUUAUGCAAAAAGAAAAAAAAAAAGAAAACUACCCACAUUUUAAUUUAGCAUGAGCCAAUUUACAGAGCAUGGAAAUUCACUUUCAUUCCCAGGAUUGGCGCGUGUGCAAUUAGCAAUGCAGUGUAUAUACAAGAAGCCAUGCUGUUAACAGUUUAUCUUAAGUAAUUUGGUGUCAUUUACAAAAAGGAAAAAAUUCCUGCCGCCAGAAGGGACAGAAGACGGGACGAUGAAAUCACAGAAAAACACUAAAAUUACUAACUCCACAACAGCUCGCCUUAUUUUUCUUGGACCCAACUGUCAGGGUAUAAACACUAUUUGUUUCUUUUUUAAAACAUCUAUAGUUUUGCUGUAAAUAAUAACACUGUAUAAAUUCUAACAGAAAAAUAGAAUAAAUGUUGAUAAGGCACUGCCUCUUAGAACACAAACAGAAUAUUGCAAAUGCAUUUAACGUACUAGGGGUCUCAAGUGACCACCCUAGAAGACGGGGGAGGGGUUUCGGGUGGGGGGAAUAUUCACUGAUUCUUGUAUAUUAGCAAUUAUAAUGUUUGUAUAUGCAAAACUGCUAGCUUGAUUUUAAAAAAAGAAGAACAACAAAUCUUUAAAAUCUGCUGCAAAUUUAAAUAAUUCCCCAAAUGAGGAAUUCUGUAGUUCUGUGAAAAAAUUUUUUCUUCAGAAUACUAAUAUUUUGAUGCAUGUGUAUCACCUUAUUUUGAUUAAAUCUUUUCCAAUUUUGCAAACACUACAGUAUACUGCAACACAGAAGAUUUUAUCUGUAAACACAAAGCCCUUCAUCUAAUAUUUGUUGCUAUUGCCAAUUUUUCAAUGAAAUGACCUAAAAAUGAAAAAAAAAAAAAACCCUAUAUGGUAGUUGCUUUAGGGGGAGGGGGGUGCUGUUAGUGCUUAAAAGGGGGUAAUGCUUGCCGCUUUAGAGGUGGAUGGUGCUCAUAAGAGGCCCCAGUUGGGGGUAAAAUUUAAAAUGGACUGAACCGGGAUUCGUAGCUAGUAGAAUGGCAGCACGCUGUACCAUUACUACUGUAUCGUGUACUGGCUAUAAGACGUAGACACCUUUGAAUAAGGCAAUCAUUUGUAACCAUUCUAGCAGUGUCAUAUUAGGUUAAUAAGGCUGCUGUGUUUUCAAGGGCAUUUUUAUUUGGGUUUUGGUGAAAUCCUUUAAUUUGUUGAUUAUAUUCAUAUAAAAUCAGCAUUCAUUGACACAUAGCUCUAAUGACAUAUGUAUGAAAAACCAUACACUGGAUGACCUAGUCGAUUAUUUAAGCAUAAAAUAAAUUGUGUUAAACUCUUCACCCA